CAUCAGAUAUCUUUUAUUUUCUACUUGUUCUUUCCUUUUCAUAACCGUUAAAGAAAUUUUUAACAUAUCAUAAAAUGAGUCAACAGUCUGCUAUCGUACAAGUAGAUCAUAACUCACUCGAUAAUUCUACAAAUUUUAUUGAAAUACAGGAAAUGCACAUCCGAAAAUCCGAACGUUCUAGAGAAAUCUUACCACCGAAGACUACACAAAAUUUCGUUUCUCCGACAGAUAGAAACUUGUCACCAUGUACCAAGCUGUUGCAAGCAAAAAAAGAAAAAAAUUGCAAAAAUUUUAAACCAGUAUUUCUUAGUAACAUUUUCACUAAAGCUUUGAAAGAAGAUCAAGAAAAACAGGCCAAAGCUGAAGUUUCUAAUAUGGAAUCAUCCAAAGAUAUAUGAUUAUUUAUUCUUACAUUACAGUAAGAACAAAUCGUGAUUUUACUAAUUCGACAUAGAAUAAAAAAUUGGAGCAUAUUUUCUUCAUUUUAUAUGUUCACAAUGUUAGAGUGAUUAAACAUUUAUCGUACAU